GGGAGGCGGGCGGUUCCCUGAGGCGGAGCCGGAGGGGUGGGCCGGGCGCCCCCUCAGCUGAGCGCGGGCCCCGCGGACCGGGGGAUGCGCCGGGAUCUGCGGUUGUUGCUGACAGCGAAGGACUUCCUCUCAAAGCUGUUUAAAUGAGAAUGUCCCUGGCGCAAAGAGUGCUGCUGACAUGGCUUUUUACAUUACUCUUCCUGAUCAUGCUGGUGCUGAAGUUGGAUGAGAAAGCACCGUGGAACUGGUUCCUCAUUUUUAUUCCAGUGUGGAUAUUUGAUACAAUUCUUCUAGUUAUGUUAAUUGUAAAAAUGGCUGGACGUUGCAAGUCUGGCUUUGACCCUCGCAAUGGCUCCCAGAACAUGAAGAAGAAAGUCUGGUACCUCAUUGCCAUGCUGCUGAAAUUGGCCUUCUGCCUCGCCCUGUGCGCGAAGCUGCAGCGAUUCACCACCAUGAAACUGGCCUAUGUGUUCAUCCCGCUCUGGGCCCUGCUGAUUGGGGGCAUGGUUGAACUUGGAUAUAAUAUCUUCUAUGUACGGAGAGACUAAGCUUUGCCAGGCGGUUUCCAGUGCCAAGACUGGCACCAGAUUACUAGAUUACCACCAUUUUGCCACAAAUUUAUCUGCAGACUAGAAAGCCAAAUGAGUCAAACUGGAGACUUAGACUAAAGCAGGCUGAAGACUGAAAAUAGACUUGUUUCAUUUUUUUAUUUUAAAACUCACAUAUGCUCUUGUAAAUAAAAGUAUUUGUUCAACAUAAGCUGUUCUAAUAUGAUUACUGUUACAUGUUACAUGGACUAGGAUACAGGUUCUUCACAUGCAGGUAGAAGACCUUGUCAAAGAAACCACAACUGUUCUACCCAGAGUAUUCAGCACAUUGAGUAAUCCUAGGAAAGAGGAUAAGCUAAAUUUGUUUUAAAAAUCAGUAACAAUUGACAGCAGCCAAAUAAGAGCAAGAAAAGGAAUAAAGUAAUGCACCUUUUUUUUUUUUUUUUUUUCUGACUGAGAUUCCAUUGCCAGUCUAAAAAUAAGCACUGUUUUCUAAACUGCUGAAACAGCCCAUAACCAGUAUGUUAACCUUAGGGAACUCAGUUGGUAGCUGAGCUGUGCCAGCAGAAGAGGGAGACAAUGGUGAUUCCUUUCCAAGUGAGAACUCACCAGUGUUGCAAAAGACUGAAAAUACAGGGUGAAUUCAGUACUGCAUUUGUACCUGCCCAAAGUGGUACUUGAACUCUUGUUCAAGUUUUUAAUACCCGAGCAUAUGAAAUUCUGUGGGGGUGAAGCCCUGGCUUCAUGGAACACUGGCAAACUCAGACAUAAGGAAAUUACCUUUUUCAGGUAACAAGUGAAUAGGACUUCAGGAAAGAACUGGAACUACAAGUAUAUUUUGUGGACUAAAGUGCUCUUUCAGGAGAUACAGUAACACCAAAUUCAAAUGUAGCAGUUAUCUGGGAGAUUAUUAACAUGCAUGCUGAAAAUGUUGAUCCAUUUACAGUUCCUAGAGACAAAAGAAUGUAAAGUGAAUGAAAAACAGUCUAGGGUAACAGGACAUACCUAGACCAAAGUGUCUCACUAAUAAAAUUUUAAUUAUGUACAUUCAA